UGUUGGCAAUGAAAUUAGCAAUCCAUGCUACAUUUCGCGAUGAUUUCGUUGUUUGCUUGCUAAUUAAUGCGCGGUUUUUAAGAUAUAGUCUCGGAGUUGCAUGCGCGUCUCUAUAGACUUUAUCAAUGUGUAAUAUCAGAUAGAGCAAGAGGCUAGAGCUUACUUAACAUCUUCCAUAAUCGAAAGCAUUUGAGUGGACAACUAGAAAAGAGUGGCCUUAUAAUCGAAGGAUUCGGGAAUGUUAUCCAACACUGAAUAGUAUUUAAUUUCAGUAAUUGUUGACAAGGAAUAUAUAACAGUGCUGGUUUGUAAUGGAAAGCAUCAAUAUCAGGCAAAAGAGGAUUUAGAGGCGUUUCUUGGCGACGUGACUGUAGAUUUUGUAUCCUGGUUAUGGAAUCUUAUGUUGGCAUAUGCUGGUCAAUCUUCUGCAGACACUGGCUUAUUGAAUGCAGAUGAAGUUGCUACUGUUAGUUGCCAAGAGAGUAAGAGAUGCAAGGGUGCAAGCACAGACAGAUGUGCAGAAUUCCAGAAUCAUUCUACUAGACAUGCUGAUGAACUUUUGAUGAAAGAUGAUAAGGCCUACCAUAUGUCAACAUGUGAUCCUGUUUCUUGUGAGGAUGUGAAACUUGCUAAAGGUUUUCAAUCUGUCCCUUUCAGUGAGGUGAAUACCAAGAAAACAUUGUCACGGACAUGCAGAAAUGAAAUUCUGAAAAGACCUAUUGCAACUGAUAAUAUCAAUUGUGAGCUAGUUAGAAGAACUCGGUGUAUAAAUAAAAUUAACCAGAUUCUCAAGCAUGAAUCAAGUGAGUUGCCUAAGGAGCUCUUACAUUUGCCGAAAAGAGAGGCAGAGUCUAAGGUUACGCAAUAUGUCAUAUCAGGGCGUCCUUGUCCUAAAGAGAUCUGUGGCAGUAACCCAUUAGAAAGCAGUCUGUCACCAAGAUUAAUAGGUACAGGGUUUGUGCAUAGUAAAAAACCUCGGGGUAGUGUUUGGGAUAGAUUGGGCAAGCCAUGUGAGGACAUAUUUGUAGGGCACAAGAAUGUUCAUUUUUAUGGUGUUGGCCAUAUGACACAAGAUGGAGGAGUCCAUAACCAGCCCCCAUUAAUGCCUCUGAAGAGAAAUCUUGAAGUUCCUGCUCUUGGGACGAGGUCUUAUAGUCACCCUGUUGAGACAAGGAAACUGAACCGUGGUGGUAGUGCAAUGGGUGAACCUCAUAGUGCAAACAAUAUUGGACGUAAGAGGCUCUUUGGCGAAAUCAGGGCAGGCCCUGGCACUGGUUCAGCUUCUUUGGUGCAUGAGAGAAACAUGGAUCCUCAGUACAAAGAUAUCUCACAGAAUUUCAAGAAGCCAAACUUGACCAAAAAUGGUUCGAGGACUACUCAGAAACUGGCAUCAGAAGUGCUUGAGGUAAAAGAAAGAUUGCAUCAAAUUGAAAUGGAAAUGUCAAAGCUUCAAUCAAAGCAGGUGGUGAAAGUCGAUCAUUUGUCAAAAUCUGAGCUAGAAACAAAUGUCUGUGUGCACAAAUGUAGGGGGUGGGGGAAGGUGGUUUUGGGUGGAUGUGUUCUAAUGCAAGCAUUUACAGAUAUACGAAAGGAUUUGGAGAACAACACUGAGAUUGAGUCAAGGACUGUAUUGGUGACAAAUGUACAUUUUUCAGCAACUAGAGAAGCUUUGUCAUCAUUCUUUGCCAAGUGUGGAGGGGUUUUCAAUGUGGUGAUUCUGACAGACGUAGUAACUGCUAAACCACAAGGGUCUGCUUAUGUUACCUUUGAUAGCAAGGAAUCUGUUGACAAAGCCUUGGCAUUGAGUGGGACAACGUUUUAUUCAAGAAUAGUGAAGGUUCUAAGGAUACGAGAAGCAGCUUCUGCAGCAUCAGCCCCAAACCAGAUUUCUGCAAAGACUUUCCACGCACAUGUACCCCAUGGCAACAAAAACGCUAUCCCCAAAACACCACAUUUUGGGAGCUCUAGUCUACAGUGGCGGAGAGAGCCUAGCACUGAUCCAUCAGCAGCAGCCCCCAAACAUCUUUCUGAUUCAGACAAAGAAGGGAAUGCUUCAUCAACAGAGCCCGCUGCAACUGCAGGUGCUUAAUUCUUAGAAUCAGCGUUGCAAUGGCGUAUAGUUGACCGAACUAAAUAAAUCCUAACUAAUACCAUACUGAGGAUCCGCGAGUUAUGAGGAGAUUAGGUUGAUCUAUGAAAUCUACUUCUAAACUUUUGAAGGCUGUUUUCUAUUUUGUUUUCUGGGCGGAAUCAGCUGGGUAACCUCCGUUCGAAUUCCACACAUAGCAUCCGUGUUGUUCCUCUUGAAGAUUAUAGAAACUCUUUUAGGAUAUAAAUAGUUUUCGCAGCAGCAUAGCCUGAAAGUGCACUUCUGUUGGUUUGUAAAGAGUGAUUUGACAGUUUCACGUCUGCAAUCACUCCGCAGGUAAAAUUACGGAAUAUCAGAUUGGUGAUUUUGCCACGAGAAUGUAAACUUUUGUUCAUCGCAUUGACAGAAUUUAGCUGUAAUUGCAGGUGCUCGUUGUACUUCGGAAUUAUUGGGUUGAAGUCAACUUAGAAUGUGAUGUCGAAAGGUUCCUCACCAUUUCUAAUGUUACGGUUUGGACUUUGGACUGAUAAUUCAGUAACAAACAUAACUGCAGUACUAACCAUCUUUAGCCGGAAUCUAAACCGAAAAAAAAUCUACUUCCA